ACUGUUCUAACUAUUUUCAGGUACGAGAUGAGAUUCAAUUUAAAAACUGGUCUAGCAUCCCAGAAGAAACUAUCAGAAUCAGCUGUGGAUUUUCCCAGGGUGAAUGAGAGCUACACUGGCAGGAAGCAGCGUUAUGUGUAUGGAACCUUACUGGACAGCAUUGCAAAGGUGACAGGGGUAGUGAAGUUUGACCUGCAUGCUGCACCAGAGCUUGGAAAAACAAAAAUUGAGGUUGGAGGAAACGUCCAAGGCCUCUAUGACCUGGGACCUGGCAGAUUUGGCUCUGAGGCUAUUUUUGUCCCUCGUGUUCCCGGAGUUACCUCUGAAGAAGAUGAUGGCUACUUAAUAUUCUUUGUACAUGACGAGAAAACUGGAAAAUCAUCAAUCCAUGUAAUUGAUGCAAAGACAAUGUCAUCUGACCCGGUCGCAGUUGUUGAAUUGCCACAUAGAGUUCCAUAUGGUUUCCAUGCCUUCUUCGUCACAGAGGAGCAAUUGCAAGAACAAGCAAAGCUCUAAUUGCUCGAUCAUUGAAAGAA